AUGGCAGAGCUCUGUGUCCGCUCCGUUCUGGUGACUGGGGCCAACCGGGGUCUCGGCCUGGGGUUUGUCCAGCAUUUCCUGAGGAUGUCGAAGCCACCACAGUGGAUCUUUGCAGGCUGUCGGGACCCCAAGGGACAGAGAGCACAGGAGUUACAGAAUUUGGCUUCCAAGCACCCCAACAUCAUCAUCGUCCCUCUUGAAGUCGCCAACCCUGCCAGCAUCAAGGCAACUGCAGCCAAGGUUGGGGAGCACCUGGGGGGCUCUGGGCUGAACCUCCUCAUCAACAACGCUGGAAUGGCAAAGCCAAAAUCCCUUGAUAAUGAGACUCUGGAGACUAUGACCCAGGUUUACACCACUAAUACUGUUGGACCCCUGCUGAUGGGCCAGGCAUUCCUGCCCUUGCUGAAGAAGGCUGCCCAGGGGAGCCCAGGCUCAGGGCUGAGCUGCAGCAAGGCUGCCAUUGUCAACAUGUCCAGCUAUGCAGGCUCCAUUCAGGAUAUGUACGUAUGGGAUUAUGGACAAGUUGUCUCGUACCGCUGCAGCAAGGCUGCUCUGAACAUGCUGAGUAAGUGCCAGUCCCUGACGUACAAGGAGCACGGCAUCCUCUGCGUCGCUCUCCACCCCGGCUGGGUGCAAACCGAGAUGGGGGCUGCAGGUUCACUUAAGCCUCCCCUAACAGUGGAUGAGAGCGUGCAAGGGAUGCUGAAGGUGCUGUCCUCCAUCUCUGAGAAGGAGACUGGGACCUUCCUGGACUGGGAAGGGAAGGUCAUACCCUGGUGA